AUGAACCUUAUUUGCUGCUCAGACAAAAUAGCAAUACCAGCAGCAGCAGCAGCAGCAGCAGCAACAGCAACCAUCAGCAGCAGCAGCAACAGCAGCAGCAGCAACAGCAGCAGCAGCAAAAACCCACAAGACCCAAAUUCGAUUUCUCUAUACUUAAAGCCAUGCUGUAAUCAACUGCAGCAGCAGCAGCAGCAGCAGCAACAGCAGCAACAGCAGCAGCAACAGCAGCAGCAGCAGCAACAGCAGCAGCAGCAGCAGCAUGUACACCUUUUGAUGCUGCUUUUUCUGCCUCCGCAUCUACAGGAGGGCAGCAGCUGUUGCUGCUGCAGCAGCAGCAGCAACAGCAGAAGCAACAGCAGCAGCAACAGCAGCAGCAUGAAUAACGGCAAGAACAACAACAGCAGCAACAGCAGCAACAGCAGCAGCAACAACAGCGGCAACAGCAGCAACAGCAGCAGCAGCAGCCGCAGCAACAGCAGCAGCAGCAACAGCAGCGGCAGUACUAUUGGUCGAGCAUUAAGGCCACAGUCGCUUCAGCAGCAGCAGCAGCAACAGCAGCAGCAGCUGCAGCAGCAGCAGCAGCAACAGCUGCAGCAGCAGCAGCAGUAG